CUUUUUCUUCUGUUUCUUCAUUGAUGGAAACAUUUACAAGCUCAAUGGUGAAAUCAGAAGACCUCCAGUCGAAGAAAGGGAAACAGAGCAAUGUAAAGUCCAAGAGCAAGAGGAAGAGAACGAAGAAGAGCUGCUCUGAGAAGAAGUUAAUGGAGGAGACGAAGCCAGUAACAGAUUACAUUCAUGUGAGAGCAAGGAGAGGACAAGCAACGGAUAGCCAUAGCCUUGCAGAAAGAGUGAGAAGGGAGAGGAUAAGUUUGAGGAUGAAGGUGCUGCAAGAUCUUGUUCCUGGAUGCGAGAAGGUUACAGGAAAGGCUCUUAUUCUGGAAGAGAUAAUAAAUUACGUGCAGUCUUUGAAGAAUCAAGUUGAGUCUCUAUCUAUGAAGCUUGCAUUUGUGAAUCCAAUUCUGUAUGAAUUUGGGUUGAAUUUUGAUGAUUUUACAGGCACAACAGAGCAUCUGGACAGUAAUCCACAACUAGUGUCAUCUAUGAUCCAAUUCAGCAACAUUCAAAGCACAGCAGACAGCAUCAUGGUGAUGGACACUUCAUCCACUAGUGUGCUCUGUGGUCAAGGACCCACAGCAUUUCCUCAGGAUGCUGGGAGUUAUUUUCUGCAAGUGGACGGCCAAACAGAAGCCCUUGACCACCAAGUUGAUCUCUACAGCAUGAGUUAUUUUCAACAGAAUUAAAGGUAGAAAGAGAUAAGACCCAUAAACUAAGAUGGUAUGAGAAUCGCAUGAUAUGUAGAAAGAUGAUGAAUUUAAAAGAAGAAGAAGCAGAGAAGAGAUUCCAUAGCUAUUUUGAUAAGACCUCAGAGAAGGGACCCAGUAGUCUAUGUAAAACUAGGCGUCCUUUUUAUAACAUAUUAAAUUCAGAAAAGGUUGCUGACACAAGAUGCCCAUAUUCAUCAUAGCAUUGGCUAUAAAUUAUCAUUUUAUUUAUUUUACAAGGAAUUUUUACUCUAUGUAGAUGUAUU